GUGGAAGUAGUAAUAAAGUUAAUAAAAUUCUUGGUGUAUCAGACAUACAUGAUGAUCUAUCGACAUUAGACAUAAAAUCAAAUAAGGCAGGAAAAAUUCUUGGAUGGGAUGAUAAUGAAGUAGUUAAGAAAGCAUAUAUGGAAAAAGUAGUAUCUGAAUUUAGAUCUUCUCGUGCAAACGUUAAUAGUCAUGUCACUGUUGCUAGUAUUCGUAAUACUUCAGCAUUUACUGGACAUUUGUCAAAAUAUAUAAACACUAAUUUUGUUCUAUCAAAAUCGAGAUCAUGGAAAAGAAGAUAUUUCAUCUUAACCAAAAAUACUUUAUAUUGUUUUAAGUCAAGUGAUCCGACGGCUAUUUUAAUGGACAGUUUGGAAUUAGCUGCAAAUACUAUUGUGUGUGUUAGUGAUGCUUUUAAUGGUCGAUCUUGGGUGUUAGAAGUUAGAAAAGACAAUAAACCGUGGUAUUUACAAGCAGAUAAUGUUGAAGACAUGAAAGUUUGGCUAGCAGAAUUAAAGGCAACAGUGGUAAAAUAUAUAUUUACAACACCAAAAAUAUCGAUGGAAAUUCCACCUACAGUAGAGAAAUCUUCUGAAGAAAAUAAUAAGACGUAUGAACAAAUCUCUCUUCCUCCUCCGCCGAGACCGAUCCCUCCUCCACUUCGAUCAAAAUCUCGUUCGCCUUCUCCUACAACAAACUUGACAUCACCAAUUCAUCCAUUGUCACCUCACCUUAUUGUGAAUGGUGAUGUAGAAGAAUUUAUUGGGUCUCCAACGAAAUUAGACCAGAAGACAUCAGAAUGUCCAUCACGUCCUUCUUCUCCAGUUGAGACUUUAUCACCACCAAGAACGAGACAUGGUCAGGUCAUAUCAAAUGAGCACGCAACAUAUUCUGACCCUAAUGAUAUACGGGAAUUAUCACAUGUAAGAAAUGAUUCUGGUCCUAUGAAUAUAGGAUCAUCAAUAAGCACAGUUACACCACCUCGUAAACGUCUCUCUCCACCCAUAAAAAGGGAAGAAAGAAAUAGCAUUAGACAAAGUAUUCCGAUAAUUAUGCCAACAAACUUUUUUAAGACAAAUCAGCAUGAUGCUAUUAUAGGGACAUCAUUACCACCACCUCCUCGUUCGUCAAGAUCACCUCCUCUUAUAAGAUCUGAAAAUUCAUUUUCACCAGAAGACUUACUAUCUAUUAAUCAACUUGGACCUCCACCGAGUAUUCCCUUACCUUUACCUCCUCCUAGACCAAAAUGUACAAUAACCCAAAAUUCAGUACCUAGAUCAAGAGUUUCCAAUGAUACGUCAAGACCAUCAUCAUAUGAUAGAAUAAAAACAUUAACACCAACUCGUUUUACACAUUCAAAUCUCAUGUCUCGUACAAUGAUUCAUCCACCUCCUUCUCUCCCACCCCCGACUAUACCAUUACCACCGAUACCAGCAGAAUCAACGGACAAUGAUAUAUCAGUGACACGUAAUUCAACAUCCGUUAUAACGGAAACAAUAAUUGAGUAUCCCGAUGAUGACGAUUUAGAUCCGGAUUAUGCAGAAGAAUUAGAGGCAUCCCGUCAAAGAUCACAAAGGACGGAGAACAAUACUUCAACUACAAAGACCAUUUUCUUUACCAU